GAACCAGAUAUUUGACGAGUUUAUUGUUCUAAGGUGUUUUGUAAUCGCAUUGAUAUGACUGUACACGUGUGUAGACUAUGUUAUAGUUUCCUUGUUCAUAUAUAACUACAUAGUUAUUUGAAUCAAUUAUUGAUUAAUUGUUCCUUUUUGUAACGACUUAAAACUAAAUAAGAUAUGAUUGUUUAACUUUUUUCAGGUUUAACAAUUAUAUUUUGGAUAAACCUGAAUUAUAGAUAUGUUAUGACUGUCCAGUCUGUGGUAGGUACCGAUCCACGUCGUUUCACUUGAAGUGCUCCGAAUGUUUUUGCUAAAGAAAUUGCUUAUUCGGGACGUUUUGGUUUAAACAUUUUUUUAGCUCGAUUGCGAAACAAGUUCUUGCAACUUAUAUUAAUCACUUUCGAGUCCGCUCCCUGGAAUCUACCAGUACUGGUGUCAUAUGAAGAAACAUGUGAAGAAACAUGGCCGUGACCUGAGUAGGGUCGAACCCAUGAUCUCUGGGUUGAGAGACAGACACGUUUUCAAUUAAACUUACAAUAAAUCUUGAUAAUUUUUUAUUAUGUUGACUUUUUCAGGCAUUAUUUUUGUCGUGUUGUCCCAUGGCUAUGUAUAGUGAAGACAAAAAGUCACGUGGAGGCAGCACGACAGGUUGUUUUGAUUGUUGCACAUUACUAAUGGUGGUCUGGUUUAGUAUAACAAUAUUAGCUAUUAUUCUUGGAUUUGGACUGUCUGGGAUAUACGGCGUGAUUGCCUGCUCUAAUCAAGAAUUGAAGCUCAACGCAUGUUCCAGUGCUGCUGAAUCCAAAAUGGCAAUUUCUAUUGUGACAAUAAUUCUAACUUUAAUCUUAUUCAUUUUAUCUUUGGCAAUUUUUCACGUGCUGUUUGUAACGCUGCAAAGUUCGGCAUGCCUUUAUUGGCAAGUGCUGAUUCUUACGGAUAUUACAACGACUCUAUCGAACGACAGCGUUACUACAGCCGACAACAGGGAACAUUAUCUGAGGAUAGAACGAAUAACUUCCGCUCUCUGGCAGAUAGGACAAAUGUUGAUGAAAAUAACAGAACGAUACACGAGCCGUCUGCUCCAAAUGUUAGUGAUAUCAGACAGCAAUUCCCGGAAGCUUCUGUGACAGAAGAAACCGGUCCAAACCCCUCCGAUAGAGUUGAAAGCCUGUAUACUGAUCCACCACCGUCAUAUGACGAAGUAAUGAAGAAGGAACAGACCUUCGGUACACCUGUGUAGUAUUAAUGUUUGUAAAACGUAUGUAAAGAAGUAGCAAAUUUAAUGGGACAACUUUCACGUGACAAGAAAAUAGUCUUUUGAAUUUAAUUGAAUACAAAGGGAUAAAGUGUUUAAAACUAUAAAUUCCUGUAAGAAAAGAAGCUCAAAUAGACAAUGUGUGGCUUAUAUGGUCAGGGGAAACCCUGCAAAUAAAAAUGUGUUUGUUUGAUUGUUAUGUUUUACGGCGUUCCAACACAAAGUAGGCUAUAUGGCGCCGAAACAAGAAAUAUGCAUUUGGUUAAUCUAGUGUGUUAGAAACCGACAGCAACACCAGGGUUCAAAACUACCUCACCUUUUGGAGCUAAGAGAUGCAGGGACUCCACUAAUUCGAACCCAUUUAGUAGCCUCUUAUAAUCACGCAGGGAUAAAUGGUGGCCUCCACCCCUCGGUCACAAGAAAAAAUAAUAGCUUAAUGAAAGAAUAUCAUAAAAACUACUCCACGUACAUUUUGUUUUUGAACCACACGACUAGUUUUUCUAUUGAGACAAAUACAUUCAAGUACAUAAUUUAUCUGUUAAAUAUCUAUAAUCUGUUCUCUCCGAAACCUGUAUUGACUCAGGGGAAAAUAAAUUCUGUUUUUAUCUGA